AUGUCAGGCGAUAACCAAUGGACGAAGAAGACCUUCACCCUCAACACCGGUGCUAAGAUCCCAGCUGUCGGUCUCGGUACCUGGCAAUCGAAGCCCAAUGAGGUCCGCAAAGCCGUCGCCGCCGCAUUGAAGGCCGGCUACAGGCAUAUCGACACUGCCCUUGCUUACGGCAACGAGCACGAGGUCGGCCAGGGUAUCAAGGACUCUGGUGUGCCACGUGAGGAGAUCUGGGUCACCACCAAGCUCGACAACCCAUGGCAUAAGCAUGUGGAAGAGGGCAUCACCUCAUCCCUCAAGUCCCUCGAGAUGGAUUACGUCGACCUCUACCUCAUCCACUGGCCAUCUUCCAGCGAUCCUGCAGACUUGAAGAAGCAUCUCCCUGACUGGGAUUAUAUCAAGACCUGGAAAGAGAUGGAGAAAGUUGCGGCUUCCGGCCGUGCCAAGAACAUCGGUGUCUCCAACUUCAGCAUCCGCCACAUCGAGGCACUCGAGAAGGACGCCGAGGUCAAGACAGUUCCAGCCGUCAACCAGGUCGAGCUCCACCCCAACUGCCCAUCGCCCAAGUUGAUCGACUUCUGUGCGUCCAAGGGCAUCCACUGCACCGCAUACUCCUGCCUUGGCUCAACCAAUAGCCCACUCGCCAACGACAAGACUCUGGCCAAGAUGGCUGAGAGCAAGAAAUUGAGCGUUGCUCAGGUCCUCCUGGUCUGGGGUCUGCAGCGUGGCACCAGUGUCAUUCCCAAGUCUGUCACCGAGUCCCGCAUCCAAGACAACUUCAAGCUUGACGGCGUCUCGCUCACGGAUGAUGAGAUGAAGCAGCUCUCAAGUCUGCCAGACCGCUUCAAGGUCUGCGGUGAUGCCUGGCUCCCGGUCAAGGUGUUCUUCGGCGAGGACGAGUAA